AUGGCUGACACUGGUCUUCCUCCGGGCUGGGAGGUCCGACACUCCAACUCCAAGAACCUCCCCUACUACUUCAACUCUGCCGAGAAGCUCUCACGAUGGGAACCUCCCUCGGGCACCGACACCGAGAAGCUUAAGCAUUAUAUGGCUACUAACCACAGUGCUGGCUCUCGUCCUGGUGCAGUCGCUGGUGUUCCUGAGGGCAAGAUCCGUGCUGCUCAUCUACUAGUCAAGCACCGCGACAGCCGACGACCCAGCAGCUGGAGAGAGGCUGAGAUCACGCGCACCAAGGAAGAGGCUCUUGAGAUCAUCCAGGACCACGAGCAAAAGAUCAAGUCUGGUAGUAUCACACUUGGUGAGCUCGCCCUCACUGAAUCCGACUGCUCUUCUGCCCGUAAGCGAGGCGACCUUGGAUACUUUGGCAAGGGAGACAUGCAGAAGGAGUUUGAAGAUGCUUCCUUUGGCCUCCAGCCUGGCCAGAUGAGCGGAAUUGUGGAGACAGCUAGCGGCCUUCACUUGAUUGAGCGCCUGGAAUAA